AUGUUCUGUACGACAUGAUUCAGAAAACGCACCCCCCUAUAUAAUACCGACCAUUUUGUGUAUCACUUCACCCAUUCAUGUCUCCUUUAGUAUCCUUUUUGACAUUCCUGCUUGCUAUUUUAGCACUGGUCACAAGUGGGAAUGAUCUCAAAGAUACUCCAAAAACUCCAGAAGAGUUGCUAUCAUUUAUGCAGGCAAGAGGAUUUAUGCAAAUUGAUGAAAUAAUUGACGUAAAAUCUUGCAUUUCUUUCAAGUUCUACAUCACACAUGACUCUACUCAAAAGUGUUUCCGGCACAGAUGUAAAGAUAACGUGGUUUUGUCAGAAUUUGACUGUACGCUGUGGAACCAAGUGAAGGAAAAUCCGGAGAAUGCACUGGCUUCAAACAAAUCUCUUACUCGAAAAGUUAGAAAUCACAUUUCUACUUCAAAGUCAAGGCCAGCGAAAACUGAUGGAGAAGUGAAAGAAUCUAUAAUUGAAUCAUACUCUGUCAAACCAGAUACUUGCACCGUUUAUACCAAAAUUAAAAGUGUUCUUUCGACAAUCGAGUGCUGGAGAAAAAAUUGCAAAGAUGAAUUUUCGGUUCGUAUUCAAUGCAAAUUAUUUGAUGGCGUGAAGCCUUCAAGUCGUCAUUCCAUUUUCAAGAAGCGUCGUCAUCAUGGGAAAGUUUGAGAAUUAAAUAAUCAGUAUAUUGAAUAUAAUCUUUGAACUCUGAACAAUGUAUCUCUGAAAUUGUAAAAAUGAAAUUAUAAUAAAAGUUUAUCAUGU